GUGUGGAUUAUAACUCAAUCAGAAAUUCUUUCUACUUUUUCUUAAAGUUUCUGGAUUCUCCAAAUAAUUUGAUUCUUUCAAUUUUUUUUAUUUGAAUGUGGAAAUGAGAAAUUUCAUGGUACACUUUUGGGGACAGACGGACAUUUGCUGGUAGCAGAUUAUAGCCCUAUCAUUGAAAUCUUUUUGCUUGUUUUCAGCUUGUUUUAUUGUAUACUAUUUUCCACUCCCUCAUCACAGAUCUUCAGAUUGUCUAGUUUCUGAAGUUGUGAAUAUUUUCCUUGUUAUUACUACUUUAACAAUUAUUGUUGUCAAACAGAAAAAUAAAAUAGAAUAGUGAUCGUUGGAUACGAUGAAAAAAGUGAUUGGAGUGUAAUGGUGGUGCUUUGGUUAGUACACGUUGAAUGAUAGAAUGUUAUUGAUAAACUGAAGCUUCCCUUCACUAAUAGUGCUGAAGCUUUCACUGAGGUCAUGAACUACAGUUGUGUUGGCCAAUGGGUCCAAGAAUGUGGUGGAGUGAAGCACAAACCUCCUCAUUAUCAGAUGAAAGAAAAGGAAUUCCCUAUUCAGCAGCGUCCACACCGUCGUAUGGGGGCCCGAUGAAGCUUAUUAACAAUUUUUUCAACUCUGAUCUGUCAUUUAACUUGAGGAAAGAGACUGACUCAUUGCCUGAGAGUCAGGAGAACGGCGAAGUCGGAGUAUCAGGUCGUGACUAUGCUUUGGUGUCUGGAGACAUGUGGCUUCAGGCACUCAAAUGGCACAGUGACUCGAAAAAUGGUACAAAGGAUGGUAAAAGUUCUUUUUCCGCCGAAGAAGAUAUGUCAGAUGUUUAUCCUUUACAGCUUAGACUCUCUAUUAUGCGGGACACUGAAUCAUUUAUGGUGAAGAUAAGCAAAAAGGAAAAUAUGUUGGAAAGCUUUAGGAGAGCUUGCAAGAUUUUCUGUAUUGAGAGUGAGCCGCUAAGGGUUUGGGAUUUUUCUGGGGAGACUCUUCUUUAUUUCAUGAAUGACAAAAAUAAGAUGCUAAAGGACUCCCAGCGGCAGCCAGAGCAGGAUAUGUUGCUUGAAUUGCAAGUUUAUGGAUUAUCUGGUCCUGGUAGGAGUAGAGGACUGAAAAGAGAGGAUUCAGCAGGGCAACUGAGUAAUGGUAGUUCGUUCAAGAUAAAUGGUUGUGCGGAUAAUGUCACGUCCCGUCACUUCCGCAGCAAUUCAAGUGGUUCUGUUGGCAGCUUUGAAGUUGGUACUUUGGGCUUGACUGGGUUACAAAAUCUGGGCAAUACUUGUUUCAUGAAUAGUGCCCUUCAAUGUUUGGCACACACACCAAAGAUUGUUGAUUACUUCCUAGGAGAUUAUAAGAAAGAAAUCAAUCUUGACAACCCAUUGGGCAUGAAUGGGGAGAUUGCCUCAGCAUUUGGAGAUUUAUUAAAAAAGUUAUGGGCUCCUGGAGCACUCCCUGUGGCACCAAGAAUAUUCAAAUCGAAACUUGCUCAUUUUGCUCCUCAAUUUAGUGGCUUUAAUCAACAUGAUUCACAAGAACUCCUUGCAUUUUUAUUGGAUGGACUUCACGAAGAUUUGAAUCGUGUGAAAUGCAAACCAUACAAUGAAUUAAAGGAUGGAGAUGCUCGGCCAGAUGAGGAAAUUGCUGAUGAGUAUUGGAGAAAUCAUCUGGCUCGCAAUGACUCCAUAAUAGUUGAUGUUUGCCAAGGUCAGUAUCGGUCCACAUUAGUGUGCCCCGUUUGCAGAAAGCUCUCUGUUACAUUUGACCCAUUCAUGUACUUAUCACUGCCUUUGCCAUCAACAUCCAUGAGGACAAUGACGAUCACUGUUGUGAAAAUUGAUGAUAGUAGUCAUCCAUCCCCAUAUACCAUCACUGUCCCAAAAACUGGAAAACUCGAUGAUCUCAUUCAGGCUUUGAGCAAUUCAUGUUCUUUAGGUGUUGACGAGAACCUUUUAGUAGCUGAGGUAUUCAACAAUCGGAUCAUUCGUUUUCUGGAGGAGUCAGCUAAUUCAUUAUCAUUAAUCAGGGAUGCAGACCGGCUGGUUGCUUAUCGCAUGACAAAAACAAUUGAUGAAGGCUGUACAAUAGUUUUUACACACCAGCAGAUGGAAGAGCACUUCAUAAAUGGGAAGUUGACAACAGUUUGGAAGGCAUUUGGACUACCCCUAGUGACAAAGCAUAAUGUUAUUCAUGGAUCUGAUAUCCGUAGCCUUUAUUUAAAUUUAUUGUUCCAGUUCUUGAAAUUAACAAGCAACACUAUGAAAGAUACUCAUGAGAUGGUAGAAUCUGGAAGUCAAGAAGUUAAGAUGGAUGCCUUUACUGAAACUGCAUCAGAUGUGUGUAUGGAGGAUGUUGAUGCGAAAGAGGCUGGAUCAUAUUUUGAUGGUGAAUUUCAGUUUUACUUGGCAGAUGAUAAGGGAAAUGUUGUAGGCUCACAAUUGGCUAUGGAUGAACCACUUAGUAACGUGGCUUUUCCUGGGCGUUUGAAUGUUCUUGUAUAUUGGCCUGACAAUUUGGUAGAACAGUUUGAAAAACAACUCAUUUUCUCGUUACCUGAAGUUUAUAAGUCAGGGUAUUUAAUAAGAAGACCCCAGGAAUCUGUUUCUUUGUACAAUUGCCUGGAAGCAUUUUUGAAGGAGGAGCCUCUAGGACCUGAAGACAUGUGGUACUGCCCUGUUUGUAAGAAGCAUUGCCAGGCUAGCAAGAAGUUAGACCUUUGGAGGCUGCCGGAGAUUCUGGUCAUACAUUUAAAGAGAUUUUCGUAUAGUCGCUUUUCCAAAAACAAAUUGGAGACAUACGUUGACUUCCCAAUUCAUGAUCUUGAUUUAUCAACUUAUAUAGCCUACAAUGAUGGGAAAUCUCAUCACCGAUACAAGCUUUAUGCGAUCAGCAAUCACUACGGGAGCAUGGGGGGUGGUCACUAUACUGCAUUUGUCCAUCACGGCGGCGGACUGUGGUAUGACUUCGAUGAUAGUCAUGUUUCUCCGAUCAAUGAGGACAAGAUAAAAUCUUCGGCUGCUUACGUUCUUUUUUACAGAAGAGUUCAAGAAUAAAAGGAGUAGGUGAUUCAUACUAAUCAUUGCAACCUGACAAAUAUCUAAUUGUUUACAUUAAUUAUAGGGUGAAUAUAAAGGGUUGAAGCCCUUGGCAUUUUUUGUUGUAUGGUUAGCAUUCUUGAGGGGGAUACAAAAGCGUGAGGAAUAUAGCUAGGCUAGGUAUUGCAGGGACUAUUAUCUGAUUUACAACUGACUGGAGAAAGGUAUACAAGUGCAGUUUCAUAGUUAUGACCUUAUUUAGAUAGACAAAGAUGGUUUCUUCUCUUCUUUUUCAUAGCUGAUAAUAACAGAAAUGGAUAUAGAAUGUGAAAGAUUGGUCUGAACCCAUUUGACAGGGUAUAGGAUUUUGAUACAUUUUUAAUGGAAAAGGGGAUUCAACGAUAGAAUUUAGAUAGGUUUGCAGCUUACUAGCGUAAUGUUUUCUGAGCCAUUUAUAUAAUUUUUUUGAAGUGGAUCAUGCUCUUCAAUCUUGAUUUUAAUUCUAUGACACUACCUUGUCCUGCUGUGAUUCUUGUUUGCUUGAUUUUGCCCUCUGAUGUGUUGUUGAUGCAUCAGUUCCCUGCAAAUUUCUUAAGCAGAAGGAUGUGGCUAGUUAUCUGCUGUUAGGUUAGAAGUUCCUUUGUGACCUUUCCUGUUUAAGAACAAAACAGCUACUCUAAUAUCCCGGUUUUCUUAAAGGAAAUCCUUGCCGUUGUUGAGAAAGUAAAAAACUAAUUUAGUUCAUCAGCUGCGUGCAAGAGUAGAGGAAUGGUCCGAGAAAAUGCCUAUCCCAGACAGGAACUGCUUAGUUCUACUUAUGCUAUGAGCUGCUUCAAGUUGCUAGAUACUCAUGUGCGAAGAGUUGGAUCUGAUCAUUGUGGGGGAAAGGUGGGGAUAUACUCAUGAAUCAAGAUAAAAGAAUCCAUUGGCUAAGUGGUAUCCACUGUUGAAACCUUACGAAACGGGAUGGUCCUGGUUUCAAAAACCUAGCUCUUCAACUUAGCUUUACUCAGCUAGCAGGCACUGAGAGUACUAGCAAACUGAUAACCUAGCUUUAUCAUGUUCUGAAAACUAGGGUACUUCCAGAAUCAAGAUUUCUCAGAUACAACAAUUGAUAGUCCUAAAAACUCCAAAGGUACCGGGGUUUAGAAAUCCCUAGGGUUAGUCAGCGAAUCAAACUGGAAACAAGAACAUGAAGUGAGAGCUUAUUCAUGAACUUUUCUGGCCAGAUGGGCGCUGCAAGUGUGAAAAGUAUGCCCCUAUUUUUUGAUAGAGAUUUUUGGUAACGGCACCUACACCCCGGUGAUCCACUGUUUCCUUGCAGCCGAUACACUGUUUUCCGGUGAUGAUGCUUUUAUCAUCCGAGUUUCCAAUCGUCGCCUCUAGGCGCCAAUGUGCAAGUUUCCACGGCAACACAGUAUGGAGGAAGCUGUGGUGAUAAUUGUCACCUGUUGAUUGUUUCCGGCAAAGCCAUUUUUGCUGAACACAUUAAUGAAAUGCUGCUACUUCAUGAACUAGUGAACUGGCUGCCAAAAGAAAUUCAUAGCUACUCUUUCUCUUUGCUUGUUAUAACUCUGGCCAGCAAGAUUUCUCCAUCUUAGGAGAAUGAUUGAUCUACACUUUUACCGACUUAAAUUGUACUCUCUCCGUCCCAUAAUUAUUGUUCAAUUUGAGUUUACAUUUUUAGUUCAAAUUAUUGUCCAGCUUGAGUUUACAUUUUUAGUUCAAAAUUCUACUCCCUCUGUUCCAUAAUUAUUGUCUAGUUUGAG